GUUAGCUGCUCGGCCUGUCUGUUGUGGAGAAACUGCUGCUGCUGCGGUCCGCCAUCUUGUUUCUGUCCCUCUGUGAAGAAGUACUGAAGUAAAAAUACUCCGUUACAAGUAUCCGUCCGGAGUACAACUACUGCACAACAGUCGCAGCGGCAGGAAGUGGCCUGGGAUUUUAAAGAUGGCGCCGGUCCUGUCCGCGGCGGACGGCGCGGUGUUUCUCAGUGAGUCGGUGUCUGUCCGCCGGUAGUUCGGGACCCGGAGCUCCGCCGACCGGACCGGGUUCUGACCGGGUUCUGACCGGGUCGGACAGGCAUGCCUCGUGUGAACCGGACGGCCGUCCUGUCGCUGCUGGUCGUCAGCAGCUCCGUGUUCCUGCUGUUCCAGCUGCAUUACUACCGGAAAUACUUCAGCAAGCCCGGCCCACACAUCCUGAGCCAGACAGGUCACCUGACCGCCAGUGACGUCCAAUGGCAGACCGUGAAGACGUUUCUGUCGCUUGCUCAGCGAUUCCGGCUGCCGCUGUUCCUCGCUGACACAGCUGCCCUCACGCUGCUCUCCCAUGAUGCUCUGCGGCAGCGAGACCGGCUGGUGCGCGAGCCGCACUGCAGCUUCCUGUGCACCGGCCGGCCAAUCACAUCUUUCGCUCUGCACGCUAACCAAUGGAAGUAUGAGCCCGGCUUCCUAUUGGCAGCUGAGCAGAGAGGCUUCGAGAUGCUGGAGCUGCGAGGAGAAGACCCCCGGUUGGCCGGUCUGGACACCCUAUCAGGAGGAAACAUCCCCCUGCACUUCCUGCUCCGCCUCCACGGUUACAUCAUCCAGGUGGUGUUCCUGUACGAGCGCAGCGGGGGCUACCUGUGGCACGGCCCACUGCGCCUCCGCGCCACCAUGGACCGCCGCUUCGCCCCGUUCACACGGCUCGACUACGGGCGCCACGCUGGCGCCUACGACAGACUGGAGCUGGUCCUGACCGUCCUCGACGGCCUCGAUGUUCGAAUCCCGAGGAACAUUUCCCGUUUCCUGUCUGAGCGGCAUCACGCUCGCUUCUUGGAGUGCCGUCACCGUGACGCCCGCAACUUCCUGCAGCUCUACCCUGACGACUCGUCUCCAGACGCCUUGGCCUUCAGGAUGAAGGUCAAGUCUCUGCUGCACGCCACUGCCCGAACGCUCGCUGCGCUUCACGUCCCCUUCUGGCUAAGCAGCGGCACCUGCCUGGGCUGGUUCCGGCAGUGCGGCGUCAUCUCAUACAGUCGUGACGUGGACAUUGGCGUGCUGGCGACAGACUUCAGGCCGGACAUGGUGGUGGCAUUCAGGGACGCCGGGCUGUCACUCAAACACAAGUUUGGAAAGGUGGAGGACAGCCUGGAGCUCUCCUUCCUGAGAGACGACGUCAAACUGGACAUCUUCUUCUUCUACGAGGACGGAGACGAACUGUGGAACGGAGGGACACAGGCCAAGAGCGGCAGGAAGUUCAAGUACGUGUUCCCCAGGUUCUCGCUGUGCUGGGCAGAACUCCUGGAGUUGAAGGUCCGGGUCCCGUGUGAGACUCUGGACUACGUGAUGGCGAAUUACGGCGCCGGCUGGAAUGUCCCAGUGAGGAGCUGGGACUGGAAGUCGUCCCCUAGCAACGUGCAGGAAAAUGGGGUGUGGCCUCCAUCGGAGUGGGCGGAACUUAUCCAAGUUUACUGAGAAUGAAACACUGAAACUACAAAUAAAGAAAACAUGAAAAAAAAG